UACUUAACCUCAGGUGUGCCUGUUACUCACUUGUAAUCACUGUGUGUGUGACGGUGCCUGUGAUUUUCAUUUUCAGGUUUUUGCAAGACUGAACAUGGCGAUGGCAGCAGGUGGUAACAGACCUCCACCUGCUCAUCCAGGACACAAUGGAGGGAACCUGCCUUCUCAUGUCAACAGUGUUAUGGCAAAUGCAAUGCAGCAGGAUCCACGACUGCAGUAUAUCAGCCAGAACCCAGGAUCUUCAUCUCAUCCCCAACAUCCCGUCUUUGCCCGGCCUGUUUUUUAUAUACCAACUCCACCCCCCCCGCCUUUCCUUCACUACCAGUGGCCCAUGCCCUUAUCUUAUAACCCCUUUGCUUGCUUCCCAGGCUAUGGUAUGGCUAUGCCCCCACUCCCUCUUCCCCCCUACCUGGAGGCUCCAGGUUAUGUUCUACCGCAACCUCAUAUCCAACCGGUCGACUACAGACGCUUGCUCCGUCCCCAGGUUCACACUCCCUUCUACCAAAACCCAAGAAUUCACCUGCCUCAUACUGUCCCUGUACGGGAAACUGUGAACUGUGAAGUCCAAACAGAACCCACACAGAGAGGCAUCAGCGGCAAUAAUGCGGGUUUCCCACUUGUCAGCUCAGACUCUGGAAAUGCAACUGUGUCAAACUCCCCAUCUUCCUCAAGCUCGAGGUCUGAAAAGCAAAGCUCAACUGAGGUUGAGGACUAUACGCUACGCCACUGUAAUGCAAAAGACUCCCAGGUUAACAGGGCCUGCACAAAUAAUACAGUCAGGCAUGAUUUUAACAUCAUACAUCCCACAGGUACAAACACUGUCCAAUCAUAUAUAAGAUCAACUCAAGAAUCACAGAUCUGUAAGGACAACAUUGGUCAGGUGCCCCCCCUUAUCUCUCUCAGUGGAAAUGGUCUCUCCAAUAUGUGGUUAGCGAAUUCUCCAGGUAGUGUAGUUCCUGUGUGUACCUCUUCUCAAAGAGAGGAUGAGAUUGUCAAAGAAAGGCGCAUCUCUGUUCCUGACAUUCUGAUGAGCUGGGGAGGUUGCACAUCGCAGACAGCUGUGUUGAAAACAGCAGACAAGGAGCUGCCUCAGAAUACUGACCAGCUGCCUUCUUAUGAAACUGAAGCAGAGCAUGAAAAGUCUGUUUAUCUGAGCCCGACUGAGAUAAAGAAUGCUUCAGUGGUGGCUGAGGGCAUCGAUGUUAACAAUGAUGCUGAGGGUAUCUUUUCUUCAGACUGUGAAAUGCUCAAGAUCCUCAGGCUACCCUGCCCUGUUUUUGAGCCACUGUCAGAGUCGAGAAACAGUGAGCCUAUGGAAUUGGUUGGUUUUGCAAGUCAUUGUCUCAUCUACAGAGAUGAAUUGCUACAUUCAGGAAACACAUCCCAUAGGCUGCUUGACAAAGAGGAAGAAAAUGGCAAAGAGACAAAGCCACAAGACAACACAACAGAGACCAUUCCAUACCAAAUGUCUUUAAGUAGCUGUCAGAUAAAGAGUAAAAUGAAUGAGUCUGUCUGGUCUGUUGAGUCUCUGGCCCCUUUUAUCCCCACUAAGGAGUGGCUGUUGCAGAACAAUGUGCUUGAGCCUAAACUAACUGAGGUGACAGAGGAAACGGAAAAUAAGAGACUGUCAACCCAAAAUGAUAACCUAAUUACCAAAGCUAGUAAAGAAAGGAGACCGACUCGCAGGCUUUCCUCUUCUGACUUUGUUCCAAUGUCAGAAAGCUGCCUCAUUUUCAGUACUCCAGCUGACAAGCCGAAUCCUUCAACGAAGCCAGAGGCAGACCAUGAAACUGUGUCUGAAAACAGAGGACCAGAACAUGACCACAACAUGGCUCCAUCUGAAAACAAUCCUUUAACUUCCAUGAUUCUUUUGCAGAGUAAAGAUGUAUCUCCCUCCUGUGAAGAUUGCAUGGAUGAAAAUGGGUCUUCUGAACCCGGAGCUAGUCAAAGCCCAAACCAGGAAUCUGUGUUUGUGAAUGAACAACAGGAGAAAAGUCCUUGCUCUUCUCAGACGGAAGCAUUCCCCCUUAACUCUGCAGCAGAGGAGAAAAUCUCUUUUACAUCCCAGCUGAUUCGGCAACAUGGGAUGGACAUGAAGGUGGAUGGAGCAUGUGUAGUGGUCAGUCAGGUGAGAAACAAGGAACUGUGUAUUCCAGUGGUUGAUCAGAAAAUGGCGGAAGUGUCACCAUCAAAGAGACAUUUAGUGGACUGUGGCAUCCAGUGUACUGAAUUACUGGAGCUCAAGUGUCCGUGUGAGCGGUUGGGCAGCGUUGGGCCAAGUGAAAGGCAUCCUUUGAAAUAUUCAGAUUUGAUGAAAGAAAACAAUGGCACAACUGCAGUGUUUUUCAUGAAUGGACUUGUGCAGAAAAAUUUGAAGAGGAAUGGUCAGCGAAAGAACAGAGGUCAUGGUAAUGGAUGGAAUUCAUUAGUAAAAGCGCAGCAGGAAGCCUACAAUGGAUACAGUGGAAAACCUGGGAAAUCAAAAGGUGGAAUUAAGGGAAGCCCAUGAUACUGAACACUGACCACACCUUACAAGACAACAAUUGGUUUUAAGGAAUUCAAAAUUAAAAUGAAUUUUAAAUAAUGUAACUCCUUUUUUUUUUCAAUAAAUGUUUUUUAUGUCAUCAACAUUAAAGUAAGUGUUUUUCUUUAGAUUUCCAUAUAUGGUUUAAUGGCAAAUU